AGUUUCUUGUAGUUAGAUAAAUUAUCACCACACAUUGACAGAAUUUUCAGUGCUGGAAACAUAAACUAUGGAUGUUUUGCCUGUUGGUAAAUUCCACAUUAUCUCUUCUGAGCCAUUUUGAACGAUCACCAUCCUAAUUACUAGUUAAUGGUAUCUAUGUAAAUCUGUGCACAUCAGAUCAUUAGUACCCUUCACUAUAAAAUAAAAAUAGAAAGAAGCAACGGCAUAAUAGUUUGUAACUUAAUAACUUUUGUAUUGACAUAUAUAGUCUCUAUACUACAACAGCAUAAUAGAAAUCUUGAAGUUAUGGCUUUUUGUUUUAUUGUAUCAUCCUAUAUUCAUAUGGUCAGAAAUUUGUGCCACCAGAAACUAAUUUUACAUGAUUUACAUUCAUAUAUGUACAGCUCAGCUUGAAUAAUUGAAAUGAAAAUUGGAAUCCGAACUUGUUGAGAGCGUCAGGCAGAGAGUGGCCCUUUGGGCAUUGUGCAUCCCUGGUGUUGUAGUCUGUGAUGCACUUAUUGCCCUUCCACAUGCUCCGUGGGUUGUUGAUGGAGAAAUGACCCUGGAUUUUCUGAGCACAUGUAACUUUGGCCCUCUUAAUGCCUGCAGUCAGCUCUUACCUAGCUGUUCUGAGUGCUGGUUCAUCACCUGCCCUAAAUGCUGCAUCCCUGGCUCUCAGCAGAGCUCUGACCUCUACAUUCAGCCAGGGUUUCUGGUUUAGGUAGGUGGUGAUUGUCUUGGUGGUGGUGACAUCAUCAGCAUACUUGGAGAUGAAUCCUAGUCUGUGGUGGUGUUGGCGCUCAAAAUACUUUCACAAAAUAUUACACGCAGCUCUGUAUAGCAACAGUAGAAAGAGGAGACAUCCUCUGUGUUUAUAUACUGCAGGUGCUGAUCAGCUGAUCGAGCUCUGUGGAUCUGUGAUUGAUUACUCUUCCUCAGUGGCCCGGAUGUGUGCCAUUUUAAGAAUAAAUGUGAAUUGGGGAUAGUGAAUGUAAUGGGUGCAAAUGUGGUCAAAAGGAACUUCAACAUUUGUGAUUUUUUUAGUUUUUUUUUUUUUUUAGCAAGAGAAUGGUAAGGACUGAAAAGAAGGAACACAGCAGGGAGAAGAGAGGAAGAAUAAGAAAUGAAUGUGAGGAAGGGAGCUAAGCAUAACAUCAGAAAGAGAAAGGACAGACACAUGGAGUGAUGAAGAGACAGAUGAAGAUCCUGCAGCAGGACCUCAUGGUAUGUUUUUUCUGCAACAUACUCUUUCACUCUGUAACAAAAAUGGUUUUCCAGGUAUUGUCUCUAUAUAUUAUUAACCUUAAACAUUAGAGUCAGAUAUUUGUAAAGACUUGAUGAUGCACAAGUGAUCAUACUUCAUCAGUAGUUGUGAUUGAUCUAAAGAGUAAAAUGAGUGCAGUAAGUCUAAAAUUAUGUGUCCAAUGGCAUAUCAUUACAGUAUUGGAUAAUCCUAUUUGUCCCUUUCCUUUUGUAAAUAAACCCCCAUUCAAAGGCGAUGCAGCAAUAUUGCCUCAUUUAAAGAAAUUCCACAAAGCAGUAUGAAGCUACUGAACAGUUUCCACACUGAGUUGUACAAUUCUUAGCCAUGGCUUCAGUAUUUCUCGGUACUGUCUAAGGCUUAUAGCUCUUCUCAGUAUGGAGAGUACUAAUUUUGAUGUUUGUUAACAAACAUAAAUAAAAUCAUACAAAAAAUCCUUUAAAAAUGAGGAUGUGCUUUGAGGGACGAUUCGACGGAAAUGAACAGAGUGAGUUUGAAGGCCACCCGGGGGCAGUGCUGUACGGGCCAGACUUUGAGCUGCCGGAAGAAGACAUGCUCAUUUCCUGAGCGUCUGUUGGCGGGAAGCUGCAGGUCAACAGUUGGAGGCUUCGUGCGGUCAUCAGAUCAUGUCCCGCAUCCUGAACGGUAUCGUGGCGGUGUGUCCUGACCUGGGUAUUGGGAAAAAUGGAAACCUGCCCUGGCAUCCUGUUCGACUCAACAACGAAUUCGCGCAUUUUCGAAAGAUGACAGCGACUCCAUCUGUAAAAGGCAAGCAGAAUGUGGUGAUUAUGGGCAGGAAGACAUGGUUUUCCAUCCCAGAGAAGAACAGACCUUUAAACAACAGAAUCAACAUCGUUCUUAGCAGAAAGUGCAAAGUGCCCCCUCCAGGAGCACACUACCUUGUGGCAGACUUCAGCUCAGCGCUCAGGCUAGUUGACAUGGAGCUGACUGAGCAGGUUGACCAGGUCUGGGUUAUAGGAGGCAGUUCUCUCUACAAGGAGUUGAUGGAGAGCCCGGGAACCAGGAGACUAUUUGUCACACGAAUCAUGAAGCAGUUUGAGUGUGACACAUUCUUCCCUGAAAUCAGUCCAGACAAAUACCGUCUAUUGCCAGAGUUUCCAGAAGUGCCACAGGAACUGCAGGUGGAGAAUGGUAUCCAGUACAGAUUUGAAGUCUAUGAGAGCAUCUAAAUGAUGAGACAAUGAAGGAAAAAAAAGUCUGAUUUUUGUCAUUGGGCACAAGCACAUGCCCUUGAAUUUGUAAUUUUUCAAAAAAUGUAUACAGUACAAUUGUAUUUUUUUUCUUAGAGUCGAAAUAAAAACUGAUUUCUGCCAUUUCA